UGGGCUCGGGAGCAGCCUUCGGGAUGGGGGUGGGUCUGCGCCUGCGCGCCAGUGUGUGACCGCGGCCGUUGCUAAGGGGCCGGCGCACGCUCCCCCCCCGCGACCGCAGGCAGAGCUUAGGCUCAUAGGAAAGGACAAAUUAUGUCUCCCGAAGUUGCCUUGAAUAGAAUUUCUCCUGCGCUCUCGCCUUUCAUAUCCAGUGUGGUCAGGAAUGGGAAAGUAGGAUUGGAUGCUACUAAUUGUUUACGUAUUACAGAUUUGAAAUCUGGCUGUACAUCCUUGACCCCAGGACCCAGCUGUGAUCGGUUUAAGCUGCAUAUCCCGUAUGCUGGAGAAACACUCAAAUGGGAUAUAAUUUUUAAUGCCCACUAUCCAGAGCUACCACCGGAUUUUAUCUUUGGAGAGGAUGCUGAAUUCCUGCCAGAUCCCUCUGCUUUGCAUAAUUUAGCCUCGUGGAAUCCUUCAAACCCUGAGUGCCUCCUGCUUGUUGUGAAAGAGCUUGUGCAGCAGUAUCAUCAGUUCCAAUGUGGCCGAUUGCGUGAGAGCUCUCGCCUCAUGUUUGAAUAUCAGACUUUACUUGAAGAACCGCAGUAUGGAGAAAACAUGGAAAUCUAUGCUGGCAAAAAAAACAACUGGACUGGUGAAUUUUCAGCUCGCUUUCUUUUGAAGUUGCCAGUGGAUUUCAGCAAUAUUCCUACAUACCUUCUCAAGGAUGUGAAUGAAGACCCAGGAGAGGAUGUUGCACUUCUUUCAGUCAGUUUUGAGGAUGCAGAAGCAACUCAGGUUUUUCCCAAGCUGUAUCUGUCCCCACGUAUUGAACAUGCCCUGGGAGGAUCGUCUGCCCUUCACAUCCCAGCCUUUCCAGGUGGUGGCUGCCUUAUUGACUAUGUACCCCAAGUCUGCCAGCUGCUAACUAAUAAGGUACAAUAUGUUAUUCAGGGGUACCAUAAGAGAAGAGAGUAUGUUGCAGCUUUCCUGAGUCAUUUUGGAACUGGUGUGGUUGAAUAUGAUGCAGAAGGAUUCACAAAACUCACUCUGUUACUGAUGUGGAAAGAUUUUUGCUUCCUUGUCCACAUUGACCUACCCCUUUACUUUCCUCGAGACCAGCCAACUCUAACAUUUCAGUCAGUCUAUCACUUCACUAAUAGUGGACAGCUAUACUCCCAGGCCCAGAAGAAUUACCCUUACAGCCCACGCUGGGAUGGCAAUGAAAUGGCAAAGCGAGCAAAGGCUUAUUUCAAAACAUUUGUACCUCAGUUCCAGGAGGCAGCAUUUGCCAAUGGAAAACUCUAGGAAACACCAGACUUUGAGAUGGUGCCAGAUAGAUUCUUACAUCCACAUGCACACAAGAGGACCUCCUGGAAGUGGGUUGGAACAUCUAUAUGUGCUUUUUGCUGCUGGAAUGGUUUUGAUUACUACAGAUUUCAUCGGAUCUGUGAAACGAAGGACCUUAUCUGGCUAACUUUACCCUAAAUAUUUGAUAUUACUUCCCUCGUUCUCUUCUACUAUCACCAUUUCUUUAUAUGUCCACCGGAUUAAAUUUUUUAAAAAGUGUUUAGAUAUGAUACCAUUUUCCUGUGACAGUAAUGUCCUAUGUGAUGCCCUGUUUCAGAAAUGCUUGUCUUUCAGGCAGUGGUGUAAUUUUUCUUUCUAAGCAAUGUUCUCCAUUUUCUGAGCCUUUGUAUGUUUGAGUUACUAUUUUUCAGCGUAUCCUAAGAACAUGUAACUGCCAUACAUACUAGAAUGCCUCGUGGACUAUAUAGUGCCAUAUUCUGCCUCUGACAUUUGCCUAUAUUUAUGGUUCUUAUCCAUACACGUAUGGAUGUGAGUCAUGCAAUUUACACAGUGCCUUUCAAGUGAGUUUAAUGUUAACAACAUUUUUUAACAUCACAGUUGAAAGUUCAUCAUGUAUUGAAUGCAGUGUCCUUAUGUUGUUGGUUAGUUUAAGCAAUAAAGUUUAAGGUGGUUAAUUAAUAUUCA